GCGUCAAUUGAAGAGGGCGAGGCGGGAGGGGGCUUGGGCUUUAGGGGCUGUCACCUCGGAAGAACUCCGUCCGCCCACGGGGGAGCCCACGCUUGCUGCCUAAUAAAUGGUUUCUGGGUGGAAGUACCUAACUGAAGCCUGUGUCUGUUACUGCCGGGGGUGCUGCAAUCCCGAAGGGGGUGUUUCCUAGGUAAGGGCGGAAGGGUUGAACCCCGACGCGUGGGGUGGGGAAAAGAUGCUCUCGUGCAGGGGCGCCAGCGAUCUUUGCUUUCCGGCUUCAUUAAUUAUUCUCUUUCUGUUGUAGAAUAAACAAGUAAAUGUUCGGUUUCAAAACAUAAAUCACAGAGCUGUUGUUUCUAGGAAGUUGUUCCUUUCCUGUGAGCUGUACCCAUUGUUUAUUUAACACUGAACAUUCUGUUUUUGAAUCAAAGGUAGUUGAAAUUUUUUGCCGUUCGUUUAACAUUUUAUUCUUCGGAAUGAUGGAUUUCCUUUUGGCUAUAGGAACGGAAGUGUUUACGGAAGAAAUGUUUUUAAGAGAAGUGAAUAGAAAUAAACCAUUUUGAGGAAGCCAUGGCAAAAUCAAUUACAAAACACAGAGUUUGUUCUCGGCAAUCUUCAGUAUCUUCUCUGUUAGCAAGCUGCAGCCUGAGUGGUAGUAAUUCCUCUAACUCUGAUGGCUCUUUUCAGUAUAAGGAUAAACUGUAUAGUUCUGCAUCUCAGGCUCUACAGGCCUAUAUUGAUGAUUUUGAUUUAAGCCAAAUGUAUCCGGGUGCAAGCACUGGAAAGAUUAACAUUGAAAGAUGUUCCGCUAAUAUACCAGAAUUCUCCAACUAUAUUUAUAAACCAAAGAAUGCUUUUGAAAAUCUUGAUCCCAAAAAAUGCUCCUCUUCAUCCUGUAGAAGAAAGACUGUUAAUGACAUAGACUCCAUUAGCCUAACAACUGAUGAUCUAUUAAAACUUCCAGCAGAUGGAUCAUUUUCUUUAACUUGCAUUGGAUCAAGUCACCAAAUUAGCAAGAAAAAUAAGAAAUGCAUUCGAAGACUGAGUUCCUCGGAUACUGAAAAGAAUCAAAAUUUUCGAGAACCUUCCACUCCCAUGUGCAAAGAUAACUUAGUUACUCCUGUUGUAUACACAAAUAUAAAUGGAAAGCAACGUGGUAGGCUAAAAAAAACAAAACUUGUGAAUAAGACUAAUAAGUGGGUUUCUGAACCAUCUUUAUCAUUUUCCAAGAAGUUGUCUUUCAAAGACAGUUCAGAACACAAACUUGAAAAGAAUUAUCCAAGAUGGCUCACUAGCCAGAAAUCUGACCUUAAUGUUUCAGGAAUAACUAGUCUACCUGAUUUCACAUACCCAGUCUGGCUCCACCAUCAAGACUUGCUACCUGAUACAAAUAGUCAAAGGAUUUCUAAAAUAUUUAAAGAAGAUCAUUGUUCCCCUGGACAUAGUUACCAGGCACAAAGAACUUCUCGACUUAUGAAUAAAUUAGAUAGUUUUGAAUAUUCUUUUGAACCCUCAAACAUUUCAGACUCCUUGAGUGAUGAUAAAGGAUUAGUUAAUGAAUAUAAAUGUGAUUCUGAACAUAGCCAGUGUCAAUGUGAGAAUCCAGUUCUCCCAGGACAAACCAAAAAGCCAUUCAGUGGUGACAAAAUUGAAUUGCUUAUCCUGAAGGCCAAGAGAAAUCUAGAGCAUUGUACUAAAGAGUUACCGAAGUCUACAAAGAAGGAUGAUAGUCCUUGUUCAUUAGAUAAACUUGAAGCAGAAAGAUCAUGGGAAAAUAUUCCUGUUACUUUCAAAUCUCCUGUUCCUGUUAAUUCUGAUGAUAGUCCUCAACAAACUUCAAGGGCAAAGUGUGCUAAAGGGUUCCUUGAAGAUUUUUUAAAUAAUGAUAAUCAGAGCUGUACCCUUUCUGGAGGGAAACAUCAUGGUCCUGUUGAAGCACUGAAACAAAUGUUAUUUAAUCUUCAAGCAGUACAAGAAAGUUUUAAUCAGAAUAAAACAGCAGAACUGAAAGAAGAGAUUAAGCAAGUUUCAGAAGAUAAUUUCUCUAAAUUACAGUUGAAGGAAAGUAUGGUUCCUAUUACUAGGUCACUUCAAAAGGCUUUGCACCAUUUAUCCCGCCUGAGAGACCUGGUUGAUGAUACCAGUGGGAAACAGUCGCCGAAAAUGUGAAGAGGAAAAAAAAAGGGUCCACCCAAUAAAUGGUCAUCACAGAACAAAGAUGUAUUUUUAUUCCUGUUGCUUAAACUGACAAAGAAAUUAUAAGCCAAACAUUAUUCUGUGAUUGGUUCAAGUAUUAUAUAUUUUUUAAAAAACAAACUUGAAAAUGUGCAUAGGUUUUAUGACCUAUCCUCAUUUAAUGCCAAAAUACCAGAAUGUGAACUGGAAGGACCCAUACUGUGUCCUACAGUCUGGCUUUGGUUUUCAGGCCAGCAAAUGUCCAAUAUUCAAAGAUGGAUGAUGUCCGUUAUUGAAGCUUAUGUGCACUUAAUCUUCUUGAGCGUCCUCACCAUUUUAUCAUCUAAUUCUAGAUUAUUAAGAAACUCUUCCUGGUUUCUAUCCAAAAUCUCUUAAGUAGACAUUUUGAUACAAUUAGCAUCUACAUUUAAGUAGGCUAGAGGAAUAUCAAAAUUGUUAUGGUUUAUCUUAUCCAUAUAGAAAUAUGUUGCUUUUAAUUUUUAUAAAUAUUUAAGAUAUGUUGUAUUUGCAAAUAACAUUAAUUUAAUAAUGGGAUGAUACAGUGCUAAAAGGAAUGUUUUAUGUUGUGAAAUCUAAGAGAAAAACUCAUUUAAUUAAUGCUUUGAUUUUGAUUCUGUGUAAGAUAAUCUUGAUAUCACUUGACAGUUUACAAAACAUUUUUUUGGGAGUAUAUUUGAUAAUUUAAUAUUUUGAUAUUAUUUCCCAAAUUUUAGUUUUGAGGUUAGCUCAAACUAGUAAAAAUUAUAAGAUCAAUGACCAAUCGCUGUAUGCAAUUUGUUAAGUAAACUUAAAAUGAAUGUGGAAAAUCCAAAAGCAACUCUGUAUUAUAAAGCUAUUUUGUAAGAGCUGAACUUUCUUUAAAGCAAUCUGUAAAGUUUGUCUCUAGCUGGAACUCAACAGAGCUAUAUAAUUUUGCAUUUUCUACCAAGUAAACUUCUAAUAAACAAGAGAGCAUCUUUACCAACAAAACUAGGAAUUAAAUCAUAAAGCAUAUUUUAAAAGCCUGAUGAAAUGAAAGAACAUGAGUGUUUGUAUACAAACAGUACAAAUUAACACUGCCCAAAUCGCAGCAUCUUUGCUAGGUAGCUUUACUGUCAAAUAGGAGUUUCUAAGUACAUUGUGUUGAAGACUUUUUUUUUCCCUCAAGUUUAAAGCACUAUGUAAGAGCUUUGCUAUAGAACUUACAUGUCAAAAACUAUAGAGUGAACCCUGUCAUUUUUUUUCUUGGCCAGUGAGUCAGAGUUACCACCAUACAAUUGUUUUUGCCCAGUUUGAGGGUCACUCACCAUUAAGUUUGUUUUGCUUACUCCAUUAUUUCUGCUACCACCAUUCUAUUUUCUGAUUAUUGUCUUCUGCUUCAAAACAUAUAGUUUGCAUAUAAUCAAACAAAGUAUUACUUUGAUGAUGAAAGUAUGGGUGGCUGUUAAAAAUGCAGAUUUUAAGUAGGUGAACAUGAGGUGGAUCUGGGUUGAUCAUGUUCCAGGCUUAGCCAAAUCCACUGUUACACAAAUUCUAUAGAAAACAGAGAAGAUGAAUACAUCAGAUAAUAAACUUCUAAUUGCAUAUAUGUUGAUCAGACUUAGUAUUUUAGUAUGCCUAAAAAGUAUUUCCAAAGGUAUUAUGCUAUAAUGACUGAACAGCACUGAUUUGGUUAGUGCUGUCAUUUUGCAAGAAAGUAUCUCCAAUGCUAAAUAAGAUAAGCCUUCUAAAUUUUUAUAUUAUAGCUAAUAUUUUAAGAAACUUGAUUAUACUUAUUAAAGGAGUAUUUUCCUUUUGUGUUAAAUAUGGAAGCUUAGUCAUUUACCUAAAAAGGGAAUUAAUUUUAUUGAAACGAUUAAUUCCAACUUUUUUUUUUUUAAGAUUUAUUUAUUUAUUUGAGAGAGCGAGAA